AAUAUUUGUGAGAAAUUGCUUUAUAAAAACUAAACUAUAACUUAACUACAUUUGAAAAUAUUUUCAAUAUUUUUCUUUAAAGCAAUGAUACUUGGAAAAAAUGACUUUUAAUAAAUAUUAUACACAUAUCAUCUCUUAAUUAGGUUUUAUCAUCGAAUACGCAAGUUCUUAGGACUAUUAGUUUGCAAAAUCCUUCUACACCAGGACAAAGAUUGGUAACAAUACCUUUACAAAAUACUAAAAUGGCAACGUCGAAAGCAGGAGAAUCUAUAGUGACCAAAACUAUACAAUUAACAUCUGCACAAAUGAGCGAUAUAAAACAAGCUAUUGUAUCCCAACAACAGCAGCAGCAACAACAACAACAACAACAACAACAACAACAACAGCAGCAGCAGCAGCAACAACAGUCUAAUAGUACUACGCAACUUAUUAAAGAUGCUACUGGGAAAACUUUUAUCAGUCCGAUAUUAGAUCACAGCGGAUCUAGGAAAAGGCAAGAUGUGGAAAGUGGCGACUUUGUGCCUGAGUAAUGCAAUGAUUUUAUCGCGCACGCACACACGCACGCACACACACACACACACACACACACACACA